AUGGGUGGUGAAGCAUUUUCUGAAGAGUAUUUGCAUCGCUUAAAGGAAACAAUAACGCAAAUGGGAGAAGACUUCCGCUUAGCGAAUUCUAAAAAGAACAUAUUUCAAACGUUUCGUACUCCAACCGUCUUGGUUGUCAUCUUACUGCUUUUCUAUGUUGUCACAGGAAUAUUUGAGUUCAUUGGCUUAUCAGUGAUUUCAAAUAUUCUGACUAUGCCGUUCUACACUGCUUUAAUAACAUUGUUUACCUGGUUGUUUUUAAGUUAUACUGGUCAAGCGCCGGAAUUAGCCAAUGCUAUAGACCAUUCAGCUGAGUUAGUGAUGAAUAAGGUCUUCACUCCUGCAAUAGAAGUAGUUGAUAGACGUGGAAUUGCUCAGUUAGUUGGAGGUGGUGAUUUGAUUCCUCCUAAUAACCAUGCUACUAGAAGCUGAAAUAUUUAGUUACAUCAAGUUAUAUUUUUUAUCAGUGUUCUUACAACUUGAUAGUGCUACUUUAUUAUUUAACUGAAUAUGAAUUCUGGUCUUUAUUCUUCAUUCUUCUUUGUACUAUAUAAUGGUAUUAAGCAUUACUAUGAUUCAGUACUGCAACUCCCUCUUGACCUUUUAAAGUUCAACAAAAGACUGUCGGUCUGAAAUUGUGAACAAUCUCGGUUAUUGUGCAUAUAUCUUAUUAUAAUUUUGAGGUUUUAUGUCUCUAUCACACCAUUGGUUUGUACUUUACCUUAUGUGUAUUAUGUUAAACCCCAUACCAAACAAGUU